AUGGAAGAUUUGGUUCUUGUUGCACACUCUGAUAUCGCUGCAUCAAGAUCAGUAAAGUUUGAAGAAAAAUUUAAAAGUUCUUAUUAUAUACAUCAGAGACUAGGAAACGGUGCUUAUAAACUACAAACUAAAGAAU